AGUUUCUAUGUGGGUUUAAGCGAAGAAGAGAAAAACAGAGUGGGGAACAGAUACAGAGAAUGAGAUGCAUUGUGCCUUAAAUUUGGCCCUGCUUCAAAAGCUUUUGUCCAGGGGUGGAUGGAGCAGUGAGAGGAGUGUGUCAGGGAAGAGACAAAGAUCUUUCAGCUGCUUCAGCAGGACAGACGCCACACUUGUUCAACUAUCUCUAGCAGCGGUUGCCAUGGCUUCAACCCUCAGAUCUGCACUGAGUGUGAUUCUGUGUGCGCUGGCGCUCAUUCUGUGCAGCUGUCCGGCAGAGGCUCAGCAAGACUUGGCAUUGGACUGUUGCCUGACGGUUAGCCAUAAAAUCAUCCCUAAACAAAUCGUCCUCACUUACCGGAAGCAGUUUAAAGUUGACGGCUGCCCCCGAGAUGCUGUUGUAUUCCAGACCAGGAAAAGUUUGUACCUUUGUGCCCCGCCUGCAGAGGAGGAGCUUUGGGUUAAAGACUUGAUCAAGUUUCUGGACAUAAGGCUCAGGAAGUGCAGAGAAACCAAAUUUCAAGAGAAACGCUGUCAAGGCCUGAGGAAUUUGUCUUUUUGAGUGAACACGUACACAUACAUAUACAUUAAAUGGCAGCUGAUGUAGUUGUUGUGACUUCGUUGUGAGCUCAAUUCUCCUAACAGUUCCUAUAAUACAUUUACUGUGGAUUUUUCAUCUUUCAGCAUUUUUAGCCUAAAUUAAUCAAAACAUGCCAAGUUGUCUGAUUAUCACAUAGUUGCUGUUGUGUGAACAUAUAUAUUUUUCUAUUUUUUGUUUUAUUUUAAUACAAUCAUGCAUUGCUGCAUUUUUUAGAGUGAAUAAAUUGGUUGACAAAAACACAAA